CUCCAUCUCUAGCCGUGGCUCAUGAAUCACUCCCCUCUACAUGGCUGCGCCCACGCCUUUUGCGGCCGCUCUGCCAGACAUGCAUUGAUAGACAUUGACUGAUGCCCACCCCCCUGUCGCCUCUUGUCCGCGAUGCCGCCGAAGCUAGUUGUCCCUGGCCCAGCGCCUCCGUGCGCCCUCCGACGUCGUCCAAACCCUCCUCCUUGGACGACCCAGUCGGCUGUCUCUCGUCAACAGUGCUUCUUCUCUCCUUCUCCGCCGACCCUCGCCCAGCCGCGACCUGAUAUCAUCCAUGGACCGCAGUUGACCCCCGUGUCGCCGACGCUCUUCUCGCAAACCGGUUUCCGACCGUCCUUAUCGGAUGGCCUCGACGGAGGGCCACAGCCCGACCAUAAACCCCCGGAUGAGCGGAUUCUGAAGCUCGGGAAUACUCUCCGGAUCCUCUCGCCUCGACUACCGACCCUUCUCACCAACCCGUUACCCACGAAGAUCCUCUCCCCCAGCGUCACCCUCCACCUCUUCCCCUCCACACACCCGCACCUCCCCAAUGUGAAGGGCCGAACGCUAUACCGGGCCGUGCUCUGGACCGUCCCGGUAGCAUGGAGCAGCCUCCCCCUGCUGGGCAACGUCAAACUACAGAUUCUGAGCGAGCGCAUCGUCCACGCAGGAACAGUGCUAGACCCGGGAUGCAAUACCGGCUAUCACGACCCCAGCGACGAGCGUCUGGUGGUCCGAUGGAGGACCGAACCGCGAAGCGAUACCACCCACCCGGUCACCCCCAACACCAGUACCAGUACUGCCGCUGGCCCCGCUACAAGCUCUGACUCCCCCUCAAACACCCCCGACAGCCAUCUAUCCUCCUCCAAAACCGGCAUCAACAAAGGGCUUAGUGUUUUACUAGGCGGCGACGCCCCAAUAUUCAAGCUGUCCAAGGAGGAGCAGUUCACAGGACUGUUCAUCUUCUCCUUUGACGAGGAAGGUCGCAUUGCGUCGCACACGAUCGAGCACGCUGAUAAUGCGCGUGGCUGGGACCGCACGUCCAAAUUCGUCACCCUGACGGACUGGUUAAUCGGCAAGGCGAGGGGAUCGCUGGAUCCCGCGACCGAGCCCGGAUUCGCCAUCCAGGGCUGCCACGGCUAUGAACUCCCUUGCAGCAGUCGCGAUCGGUCAUCUGAUUCUGAUUCUCGCCGUUGGUCGUAGUUGAGUCCAGUACCGUGCAUAUCAGGUUCCGUUUCAUAUCGUCACGUUUACUACUUACUAAGCACCUAGUACUUCCAUUCCUUUGAAGUGAACAGACGGUCGGGGGCAUAAAAUACAGGGCCUCCAGGGAAACGGUGUUCGGGUUUGACUGACGUUGCCCAAUAUCUAUCUAUCCCCGUGGGGCUUGGGGCUGUAUUUCUUACGGCGUUCGCAGUCCAUUCUGUCUAGAGUGGACAUUAUAUCUGCCUCAUGUCUCAUUUGCUCUCCUCUCCCCUCUUCUGUGCUCUUUUCUAUUUCUAUUUGUAUUUGGUUGAACUUACUCCUCUCUCUAGAUGUACAAUACCCAAUAAUGAAUAAUGGUCUUGUCACUGAGCCAGCCAGUGGAUUCUG